AUGAUACAACUAUUGAGAAAACUUAUAAAACAAUUUGAGGUCAAAGCUGAACAGCAAACGGCAGUUAUCAAUGCAAAAAUAGAAGACGGAGGCGGGAAACUAAUGAAAGCCAAUUUUGUGGGGCAAAAGUUGGCUGGUAGAGUUGACGCUCCCAGUACCGUGAUUAAAGUCUUUAGGUUGCAUCAAAAUCAAUACGACCUUUGGUUGGAUGGCAAAGAGAACUUAGGUAGACCAUUACAGUGGUUGGUAUGCCUUCCACACUGUAACGAGCUGCCAUUUAGAAGGUUUUUGGCAGGCGUGGAUUUUACUCGAACUACAGGACCUUCCACAUCGACAGAUACAAUUAGCUCAGUUCUAGAAUAUGAUCCAAAUGAAUUGCCUGUCGUUAAUUAUUUGCCAAUUACUGGUAAGGCUUCUACAGAUAUUGAUUUCCUCGAGAAGAGUUUACCUAGAAAUUUAAGUCAUGCUCGAUGGUUGACGAAAGCCAACAGGAUUUUGCGUCUUUACAUGUCUAGAGAAGUGGCAUCUGAACCUUUCAGAAGAGUAACACAUUUCAUUUUGAACUUUUACGGACCCUCUUGGUUCAAAAUUAAAUCAAAUUCUUCUUGCCGAAAUGGUGCUAACAACUUCUUUUACUUAGUUCAGUUGUUUCGGGAACUUGAUGCCUUAGAUCAGGCUGUGGUUGGUCCAGUUCUCAAAAAUAACUGCUACUUUGCGCAUGCUGAAAACAUUCUCUUAGCUGCAGUUAGUGAUAGUGAUAUGAAAAUUCGUCGUUUUUCAGUAGAACAAAUAAUAAGAGCAAGAGAGAAGCAGACUAAUUGUAACAUACCGGUUCGCGUCUUUGAUAAGAAGGAUAUAACAUUAAAUCUGGCUGCGACAUCGUUCAUUAACAUGAUUGACUGGGGCCAGAGUAAUGUUACGUCUCCUCCGAUGCUAUCACACCUUUCAAAUGAUCAACUUACUUACACACAUCCAAUACUACUGCCCGAUGUUCCAUGUCAUUCACAGGCAGUAGAGAGAACAAUUAAAGACGUUAGCGCUGCCAGCUGUAAAGUUUAUGGGAGAAAGUCCCGUCAUGGCAUGGUGUUACAGAGUAAGAAAUCCAGAUUAGAGAUACCAAAAACAGACAGCAAGAAAGAUUUUAUUAACAGUUAG